ACUUCGGCAGGUCACGGGUGGAGUCCAAGGCUGUACGGAGGCGGACGCAGCUUGCUGAGCUCAGAUAAUAAGCCUUGACAAAGAAGUGAUUGAUAAUAAGCAAGAGGAGCGAUAAAAAAGCCGUGGCCGGCUCCCAGCGCGGGGCGGUUGCACAGGUUGGGGUGUCAGGGCUACGUCACACGCUGAAUGCCAGGGCAAGCGGCACCCCGGGAGCGCGGGGCUCGCCCUGGGGCUGGCGACGGCCACGUUCAGGGGGGGAACUUUGGCCUUUCCAGCCAAGGUCGCUGCUUUUCGCGGGGGUUCCCGGCACGGCGGGUACCAUGGCACAAGUUCACUGCUCACGCCCCCAUUUCUUGUGUCCCGCAGAUCCUCCCCGGCCUCUACCUCGGGAACUUCAUCGAUGCCAAAGACCUGGAGCAGCUAAGCCGGAACAAGAUCACCCACAUCGUUUCGAUCCAUGAAUCUCCCCAGCCCUUGCUGCGUAGGGUCCCGUGCCCGACACCACCGUGAAGGUCUCUCAAGAGGCACUUCAAGGAAUGCAUCAGUUUUAUCCACCAGUGUCGCCUGCACGGAGGGAACUGCCUCGUCCACUGCCUCGCCGGCAUCUCCCGCAGCACCACCGUGGUCGUUGCCUACGUGAUGGCCGUCACGGAGCUGAGCUGCCAGGAGGUGCUGGAGGCCGUCCGAACCGUCCGGCCCGUUGCCAACCCCAACCCCGGCUUCAAGCAGCAGCUGGCUGAGUUCGGCGGCGGCGCCGCCCGCAAGGUCCGCAGGCAGCUGAAGCAGAGGUACGGGACGUCCCCCUUCAACGAUGAGGAAGAAAUAAAGGCCCUGCUGCCGGCGGGGAGAGGAGGCUCGUCCAGGACGGAGGGAACGCUGCAAGGACUGGUCCCAAGAGCCAGAGACAUCAGGAGCACGACUCCCUUCCUGCUGCGGGUGAAGAGGACGUUCUCCUGCAUCCCGGCUUGUCUGAAGUGACCCAGGCAAGGGAGAGCCGCGGGAAUCACCCAGCAGCCUGGGAGAGACGAAGGAGCCGCAGCGCAGCGGGCCGGGGCAGCGCCGCUCGGGGGAGCCGUGCCCAGCCCAGCUCCUUCUUCUCUUCUGGGGCGCGAGCGUGCCACCCCUGUCCUGGCUCUCGGCUGUCGGGGAGGGAGCUGUGGGCACCGCCGGGCUCCGCAGCGCUCACUGGGCUCAGCUUUGCCCCAUCAGCGUAGCGGGGAUGCCCAAUGAAAGGCGCAGGUCCCUGCCCCGGGUCACCGCGGGCUCCUGCUUGGGGCAGAGCGACAGAGGGGUCCCUCCUGCCGCGGGGCAGCACCCAGGCGAUGACAGCAGCAGCUUUAGCACCUGGGCACCCACCGCGUUGGCCCGGAGCAGUUUUCCCCACCAGCAGCACAAGCUCCCAGAGCCGCGGCGGCCGCGGAGCGGGGACACGCAGGUGCGUUGGCAGGUAACGGCACCGCGCCGGCUCCCGGGCAAGGGUCCAGCUCCAGCCCCGCCAGCACAAGCCCUGAGCCAGCACUGUAGCUUUAGGAGCCCAUCGCACCCCGUUCCCACCCAUCCCAGGGCACAAUCUUUGAAAGGUGGGAGCUAAGCGUUUAACCUGGCCAGACCUCACUAAAGCAGAGCCUUAAGCCAUUUUGCUUAAAGACUUUCUACGUCCCCCCAUAAUAAACUCCGACUCUCUUUGGUCUGA